CUAAAGAUUCAACAAAACAAGCGAAACGACUUUCUGCAGAAUCUUUCCUUUACGUUUCCGGCAGAGCUAACAGGACCGCCUACAGGUUAGCCAUUAAUUAAAUGUCUUUCACCCCCAUCCCCUAUUUCUUCACACUACAACAAACUUGCCAAUAAAUCUAGAUCGGAUUGACCUUAGUAUACUCAUCUCUUCGUCAUCCUCAUCUUCCGGUUCUUGCUUUCUGAUCAUCAACACAACAAUGGCACAAAAGAAAGAGAACAUAGUGAUGUUUCCUUUCAUGGCACAAGGUCAUAUCAACCCUUUACUAGCUUUAGCCCUCCGGAUAGAAAAGACAAAGAAAUUCACCAUAACUUUUGUUAACACCCCUUUGAACAUCAAGAAACUCAGAUCAUUUCUCCCUUCAAAAUCCUCCAUUCAUCUCCUUGAAAUCCCUUUUAAUAGCUCAGAUCAUGACCUCCCUCCUAAUUCUGAAAACAUGGAUUCUCUUCCAUACCAUUUUCUUAUCAAUCUCUUUCAAGCUUCUUUGUCAUUGAAACCCCAUUUCAGGAAACUUAUCUCUAAUCUUAUCCAUCAACAAAAUGGACAAAAAACGGUUUGUAUCAUCUCAGACAUGUUCCUAGGAUGGUGCCAAGAGAUAGCUCAAGAGUUUGGCGUCUUUCAUGCCAUAUUUAUUAGUGGUGGUGGUUUUGGCUUUGCUUGUUUCUACUCUUUGUGGGUAAACCUACCCCAUCGGAGCACAGAUUCUGAAGAAUUUGUCUUGCCGGAUUUUCCUGAAGCUUCUGUAUUUCAUGUUACUCAAAUGACAGAUGUUUUGAGAUCUGCGGAUGGUAGUGAUUCAUAUUCAAGCUUUCUAAGGAAAGCGCUUUCUCAAUGGAGUAAAGCUGAUGGAAUAUUGUUCAACACAGUAGAGGAGAUUGACAAGCUUGGACUAACGCAUUUUAGGAGAAAAUUUGGUCGACAGGUUUGGCCUGUUGGGCCUGUUCUUUUGACCCCGGGAAGCCAAGCUCGAAGCAGAAGAGAUUUUGGAAUCUCUCCAGAGGAAUGUAAAAAUUGGCUUGAUAAGAAACCUUCUUGUUCAGUUAUCUAUGUUUCAUUUGGUUCAAUGAACACAAUAUCAGCAUCACAAAUGAUGCAAUUGGCAAUGGCUUUAGAGGGUUGUGGCAAGAAUUUCAUUUGGGUUGUUAGGCCACCAUUAGGCUUUGACAUAAACUCUGAAUUUAGAGCAAAUGAAUGGCUGCCUGAAGGAUUUGAAGAAAAAAUCAAAGUCUCAGGACGAGGGCUGUUAGUUCAUAAAUGGGCACCCCAGGUAGAGAUUUUAUCUCAUAAAUCUUUAUCUGCAUUUUUGAGUCAUUGUGGAUGGAACUCUGUGCUUGAAUCACUGAGCCAUGGCGUGCCAAUGAUAGGGUGGCCAGUGGCAGCAGAGCAGUUUUAUAAUGUAAAAUUGUUGGAAGACAUGAUUGGAGUAUGUGUGGAGGUUGCAAGAGGGAAGAGGAGUGAGGUUUUUCAUGAAGAUAUAGUGGAAAAAAUUGAGUUGGUGAUGAAUGAGAGAGAGAAGGGAAAGGAAAUGAGAGAGAAAGCUUUACAAAUUAAGGAGAUAAUUAACAAUGCUAUCAAAGAUGAGGAAAAUUUUAAAGGGUCAUCUAUGGAAGCCAUGGAUCAAUUCUUGGACGCUGCAUUGAAGCUGAGGGGAGAAGACAAAGGGAAAAUCCAUGGAGCUCCUUCGUCAGUUUAUGAAGAAAAAUAUUGCAUUUGAAAAACAGAAAAAACAGCCAAUAAUUUCUCUUCUCAACUCCACUUGGAAGAUCAUGCUCCAGGUGAAUGAGGAGAUCCAGUAAUUCGUUUUCCUUUCCUUAAAUUAUUGUAUCAAUUUUAAUUUGUGAGUUAAU